AUGGCUGAUAACAACUCCGCUUCUGGAGUUAAGCCAUCUCUGCAGGCGACGACGACGUCGUCGGGAUGCCUGACGCAGGGCAUCCCCGCGACGCACGACUUCGAGGUGACCAACUACUCGCUGCUUGAGGGCAUGGGCAUCGGCGAGUGCGUCAAAUCAACCACCUUCAGCGCCGGCGGCUGCGACUGGUACAUCGUGUUCUACCCCGACGGCGACAACAACACGGAGCACGAGGGCGCCUUCACGUCCGUCUACUUGUGCUUCGUGGGAGGACCCGUAGGUGCGAGGGUUAAGUUCAAGUUCAGUCUGUUCAACAAAGGAUAUCGAGUGUCCACCACAACAGGAAAGAGGAAGAAGGCAAAAGAAGCUAACUUGCUCAAGACCCAAGCAACUACCUACGCUCGCGUCGGUGAGUCCUGGGGCACGGACAAGUUCUUCGAGAAAUCCUGCUGAGACCUGAGAGAGCUGCUGCAGGCCUCCAAUGGCUGCUUCACAAUCAGGUGUGACAUGUCCAUCAUAAGAUCUCACACCGAAGACAACUCCGUCAUCCAGAUCCCCGAGUCGGUCCUGCACCAAGACCUCGCCCGGAUGCUCAAGGACAGGGAAGGCACGGACGUGACCUUCAGCGUCGGCGACCGGUUCUUCCACGCCCACAGAUACGUCCUGGCCGCCCGGUCCAAGGUGUUCAAGGCGCAGCUCUUCGGCACCAUGAAGGAGGAAGACGCCCGGUGCAUCAAGGUCGACAACAUGGAGCCCGCCGCCUUCGAGGGGCUCCUUCACUACAUCUACACGGAUUCUCUGUCUGACGACUGCACCGUGGACAGGAUCAUGGCGCCGCAACACCUGCUCGUAGCUGCGGAUCGCUAUGGGCUGGACAGGCUCAGGAUGAUGUGUGACGCGAGGCUGAGCGGUUGGAUUGACGUGCAGUCGGUGGCGACGACCUUGGCUUUGGCGGAGCAGCACCAGUGCGCGAGGCUCAAACAUGAUUGCUUGAUGUUUCUUCGCUGGCCGGACGUGCUUCGCGCGGCCAUGAAAACCGAGGGCUUCAACCAUCUCAUUGCAAGCUACCCGUCGGUCGCCAGCGAUGUUUUGGAGAUGGCCAUCUCAGCAAGGAUUGAUCAGUAG